UCCUCCGCAUUUGCUCCUUAAUUAUCGCUUCAAUUCCUUUUGGCAAUUUCCUCUCACCUACUACUACUCCUGUCCGUACUGUCUAUUUCGUCGGAGAUUUUUUAAUGGACGUUCGACGGCGACCUUCUAAAGCACUUCGACCAGCUCCAAAGGAGCCGUCAUCCGCACCGGAACCUACUGGUGCCAAGGCAUCGGAUGCUCUCCCGCUCCCUCUUUACUUCACUAACGCUCUUUUCUUCACGCUUUUCUUCUCGGUGGCGUACUACCUCCUCCUCCGGUGGCGGGACAAGAUCCGUAACUCUGUUCCCCUUCACGUCGUCACUUUCUCCGAACUGGCAGCUAUUCUUUCCCUCAUCGCCUCCUUUAUAUACCUCCUUGGUUUCUUCGGUAUCGACUUUGUCCAGUCGUUCAUUGCUCGCGCCUCCAACGAGGCCUGGGACCUUGUCGACGAAGAAGAAGGUGAGGAUCAUCGUCACCGGCUGAUGGCUUGCUCUCCUUCUAUGGCCGACCAUAUAAUUCCGGCGGUUUCCUCCGCCGAAGACGAAGAAAUAGUGGAUUUGGUUGUCAAGGGAACAAUCCCUUCAUACGCGCUGGAAGAACAACUCGGGGAUUGCAAGAGAGCGGUUCGAAUUCGAAGAGAGGCGUUGCAGAGGAUUACUAGGAGGUCGUUGCAAGGCUUACCUUUGGAUGGCUUCGAUUAUGGCUCUAUUUUGAAGCAGUGCUGCGAAAUGCCAGUAGGAUACGUUCAGAUUCCUGUGGGGGUUGCGGGGCCAUUGCUCCUCGAUAGUUUUGAGUACAUUGUGCCAAUGGCUACCACUGAGGGCUGCAUUGUUGCAAGCACCAAUAGAGGAUUUAAGGGUAUUUAUGCAUCCGGUGGCGCCACCAGCACUAUUCUGAGGGACGGUAUGACCAGAGCUCCAGUCGUUCGGUUCCCUUCAGCUUCUAGAGCUUGCCAUCUCAAGUUUUUCCUCGAUAAUCCUUCAAAUUUUCAGACAUUGGCCGACGAAUUCAACAAGUCAAGUAACUUUGCAAGGCUUCAGGGUGUCCAAUGUUCCAUUGCUGGUAAAAAUCUCUAUAUGAGAUUUAGCUGCACCACAGGGGAUGCUAUGGGGAUGAACAUGGUUUCAAAGGGAGUCGAGAACGUCCUUGCAUACCUUCGAAAUGAGUAUCCGGACAUGGAUAUUAUCAGUAUCUCUGGAAACUUCUGUUCCGACAAGAAACCUGCCGCUAUUAACUGGAUUGAAGGGCGAGGGAAAUCGGCGGUGUGUGAAGCAGUUAUCAAAGAAGAAGUACUGAAGAAGGUUUUCCGAACCAGUGUCGCUACACUCGUAGAGCUCAACAUGCUCAAGAACCUAGCCGGUUCGGCUGUCGCCGGUGCUCUCGGUGGAUUUAAUGCCCAGGCAAGCAACAUCGUCUCUGCUAUAUUCAUAGCAACCGGACAAGACCCGGCCCAAAAUGUCGAAAGCUCCCAUUGCAUUACCAUGAUGGAAGCUGUCAAUGAUGGGAAAGAUCUUCACAUAUCUGUGACUAUGCCUUCCAUUGAGGUCGGAACCAUAGGGGGCGGAACUCAACUUGCAUCACAGUCUGCAUGCCUGGAUUUGCUUGGAGUAAAGGGCGCUAGUAAAGAACUACCAGGCGCAAACUCAAGGCUCUUGGCAAAGAUCGUGGCCGGCUCCGUCCUGGCGGGGGAACUUUCCUUAAUGGCUGCAAUAGCCAGUGGUCAGCUUGUCCAGAGUCACAUGAAAUACAACCGGUCCACCAAAGAUGUAUCCAAAGUUGGAUCAUAACAAGGUAUAAAGAUUAUGUUGGAGUUGUAAGUAGCAUGAAUCGGCAUGGUUUGAGGGUACGAAUCGUUUAGCCAUAUGGCAGAAUCACCCUCCAAGAUAUUUGGUCCUUUUUAUUGUGUCCACACUGUGAAUUCUUAAUUGCCCCUUUCUUUUAGUUUCUGGCAUGUGUGUGUAGUUUUGCUUUAUGAACUUGCCAAUCAACUCAAUUGAGUAGGCAAUGGUUUAUUCCUAUGAUGUGAGAAAAUAACUAAACAACCUUUCAAAUUGUUAGAUUUA